AUGGGUUGCACACCAAGUAUGCUGUUGGACCAUAAGAGCCGUCGCCGCGACAGCACUGGCUCACAAGAAGCGGCUUUGGGCAAGGUCGCUCCAACACCGGUUUGCCAGAACAAGGCAGUCCAAGCAGCAAGGGCACCCAGAGCCUCACUAGAGUCUGAUGGCUUUAGUAUCCAGUUGUCCAGUAAAAAAGAUAGCUAUGUCUCACAAAUGGGCAAUAAUUUCGCAACGCAACUACAUAUUAAAAGAAUAUCUGGUAGCUCGAGUAGCUCUCCUGGAGCUCGAGCGGGACGCCGCUCUUCGCUUGCCCUCACUCCAGAAGAUGAGCCCUUGGUAGACGUCGCUAACAGAUCGCUGCCUCCGUCAAACAUCCCGGCUGCCUUAUUGUAUACGCCGCCGGAACCUCUCGAGCUGCUAUGCGUGUUUCCGGAGCGGGCGUCCCGCGUUUGUGCGGCGGCUUGCGCGGCUGCAACGCGGACCGGCGGCGAAGCCCGAGCAGUGCGCAGCUCAAGAGAAGCGCUCGACGCGUUCCGCCGUGACCCUGACUCGCGUUUACCACACGUUGUUGUGGUUGACGCGCGUCAACCGCAGGCGCUAGAUGCUACCUUGCUAGCUAGAACUAUAAGAGGAAUUAAGAACACUCAACACAUCAUUUUAGUUGCAGUUGUGAAGAAAAGUGCGUAUCUCAAAGAUGACUUCGCGGUUCUACCAUAUUUGGAAGCAGGCUUUAACAGGAUAAUGGUGGAGACGGUGGGUGCAACGGCGUGGUGUGCAGAGAUCCUUCAAGCCCGCGCUGCAGCCGCUUCGGCGCGUGCGCAAGUCGGGGCGGUCGCUGCGCUGUCCGCCGCCGCUGAUCGAUGCCGCGACCUGGUCGCUGUCACCGACGACCAACAAAGGAUUCUUUUUACCAACAAGUCCUGGAGUCGCAUGCUUGGCUGGCGUACAGAUGAAGGACCGCGAUCCCUUACCGAGACGGUAGGGGGAGAAGCUCUUCGAUUAGCGGCAAGCGGAGCACGAGACUGGGAGGCACCAGUCCUGUUGCGUCGGCGAGCAGCUCCCGAUCCUAUUCUGUUACCGUGCCGGGGCUCCACUGUCGCUCUCGCAAGGGGCGCUUCGCACGUCGUGUUUGUAUGUGAACCGGGGACCGCAGGCGACGGAGAGCGAGCUCGUGGCUCCCUCCAUUCCAUCAGGCGAGGCUCUCUGGACGUGCGCUCCGUUGCCUCUGACGGACUACGGCGGACCUCGCUUGCUAAAUUGCAAGGCCUACCACUUGAAGCACCCAUCACUAAGGUGAUAUCUCUGCUGUCCGCUGCUACGGAGGGGGCUCCACCGUCUACCGUCGCUUGUAUCGAGAGGGCAGUCGACAUGCUGAGGACAUCCGAGCUGUACUCGCCGCAGAUGAAAGAAGAUCCCAAGCUUAGAGCUGAAGAUCCAAUAGCCACUGACCUGAUUGGAGCAUUGCUUUCGCAAGGACCAACUAACGUGCUUUCAUCUCGGAGGAGCAGCAACGACUCAACUAUUGUAAGAUCUCAAACAAAUAGGACUAAUAUCAAGCAUAAGACAUCAGGUCAGCUCAGAGAGCUCCUGGACACGGCUCUGAGCUGGGAGUUCGAAAUCUUCCGCCUAGAAGAGUUGACACGAGGCCGUCCGUUGGCCCACUUGGGGCUGGCGCUGAUGGGCGGUCGCUUCGACGUGUGCGCCACGCUCGAAUGCGACGAGCGCACGCUGCUGCACUGGCUCACCGUCAUCGAGACGAACUACCACGCCGUCAACACCUACCACAAUUCCACCCACGCUGCUGAUGUACUUCAGGCGGUAGCUUACUUCCUUGAAAAAGAUCGUCUGAAGACGCUUCUGGAGCCACUGGAGGCGGCUGCGGCUCUUAUCGCAGCAGCUGCACAUGACAUCGACCACCCUGGGACGUCGUCUGCCUUCCUCUGUAACGCGCGACAUCCUCUCGCAAUCCUCUACAACGACGUCUGCGUACUUGAGUCUCACCAUGCUGCGCUCACCUUCAAACUGACGCUCAAUGACGACCGAGUAAACAUUUUCAAGAAUCUCGACCGCGAAACGUACAAGACAGUUCGGCACAACGUAAUCGACAUGAUCCUCGCCACCGAGAUGACCAAACACUUCGAGCAUCUCGCUAAGUUCGUCAACGUCUUCUAUGCUAAGGGUAGUGGCAGCAAAGAGGACGGAAUGCAAAUUGAUGAGCCAUUAUCAUUGGACACUACGGCAUUGUCGCUACCAGAAAAUGUGAUUCUAGUUAAAAGGAUGAUGAUCAAAUGUGCUGACGUUUCCAACGCUUCCCGGCCACAGAAAUUCGCUUUUGAAUGGGCAAGAAGGAUCGCGGAGGAAUACUUCCUCCAAACGGACGAGGAGAAGGCGCGCGAACUGCCGGUGGUGAUGCCGAUGUUCGACCGCGCCACGUGCUCCGUGCCGCGCUCACAGAUCGGCUUUAUUGACUACAUCAUUAUCGAUAUGAUGGAGGCCUGGGCUGCAUUCAUCGACAUGCCGGAACUGGUGAAUCACGCCCGGAACAACCACACCCGUUGGCGUGAGCUUGACGAGGCCGGUGUCAGUUCGCUCGCAGAUGUAAAGCGAGCUCAGCGGCAGCAAGCGAUACAAGCACCUCCCACUUCUACCACAGAGCCCACUGCUGAAGAGUGA